AUGGACAUUAAUGAACGAUUUGCUCAAUUAGUAGUUGAUCCUCUUUAUAUUCAUAAUCUUGAUAUGACUAUUAUGAACAUGAAAUCAUUUUAUGAUCGUACUUUUUCAAUAGAUGAUAAAAUUCUUUCAAGAAUAUGUGACAAUAUCUUACCUCGAAUUCAUAAUCAAGUAACUAAACUUACUGUUGAACAACAUUCAAUAGAACGUAUUCUUACCAUCAAUUAUCCCCAACUUUAUUUUUUAACAUUGGUUAAUUUUAAAGAAGAAAUUCUGUUUAAAUAUUUAACAGAUUAUUCAAUUCUUCAUAAUCUUAAAAAUCAAAUUACACAUCUAAAUGUCGAUAUUCAGAAUGAGAUGGGAUCAGAAUUAUCUGAAAUUUCAUCAAAUAUAUUUUUAUUGAUUUUAUCUUUAUGUAAACGAUUAACACAUUUGAAUUUUUGUCAAUUGUUUUCUUAUCGAGAUUCAUCGAUUUAUAUUUCUGAAUUAUCGCGAACAAGUUAUAUAUCAUCAAGUUUAGUUGAAUUAAAAAUAAAUGUCUCAAUUUUUGAUGAUUGUCUUGAUUUGCUUGAUGGAUAUUUGGAUAACUUAACGAAAUUGAUUAUCAAUGUCAAACAAAUUAAAUACAAGCAACGAUCAAAUAUUAACAAUUUGAAACAACUUCCUAAACUGAAGUGCUUCUCACUAACUUCGAUUAAUUAUACACAUGUUUAUGAUGAACGCAUUACUCAAUUACUUCAUCAAAUGAUAAAUCUGGAAGAAUUGAUAUUAUUUCUAACAGUAGUAAGAAUUGAUUCCAAUUUUAUUGAUGGUCAUCAAUUAUAUGAUGAAGUUGUUAUUUAUAUGCCGAAAUUAAACAAAUUUCUUUUUAGUAUAAACACAAGUGUUAUACUAAAGAAUAUUGAUAUUGACUUUUCAUCAAAUGAAUACAUUCAACGUAGUUUUAUUGGAAAAGGAUAUGGACAAAUGAAUGAUAUACGUCCUUUUGAAUAUCAAUUAUUCAAAAAAAUCUCUGAAAAUUUUCCUUAUCUUAAAGAAUUGAUUAUAUGUAACCGUGAAGCACAAACAGACAAGCAACAUUCAUCGACAUUGAUUAGAUUUCCUCAUCUUAUUCUUCUCAAUCUUGUUAUGACACAUGUUGAUUAUGCUGAACAAUUUCUUUCUGAUAAAAAGACUGAUCUACCUUGUCUGUUGGAUCUCUGCAUCGAAUAUGAAUCACUCAUAAUGGUAACAAACAAUUUUACUAAUAAUGCAACACGUCUUCAUUGUGCGAAAUUAAAAGGACUUCAUAUAAAUAAGCCGUUUGUUCGACCAAAACAUUUUCAACAAUAUUUUCCUUUAUUAUAA